AUACGAAAAUAUAUCAAACAGAACACAAAAGAUUCAAAAAACAAAAAAACAAACACGUUACAAUGGCGACCUCAAGCAUCAAGAGUGUUCCAAUAAUGGCGAUCCCAAGUUUAUCCAUUUGCCACAAGCACGAGCUCCUCAAGGAAGAAGGCAAAAGCCGAGACCCGAAGCGCCAAGAAGAAGAAGAAGAAGGGCUAAGCUACGAGUUCUUAGAGAUGUUGGACUCUCUUCCUAAGGAGAGAGGUUGGAGAACUCGUCAUCUUUACCUGUUCCAAGGCUUUUGGUGCCAAGCCAAGGAGAUUCAUGCCAUCAUGUCCUUCCAGAAACAUUUCAAGCCUCUUCCAAAAGAUGUUAUCCUUGCUACCAUACCAAAAUCCGGUACAACAUGGUUAAAAGCUCUAACGUUUACCCUCCUUAACCGACACCGGUUUGAUCCGGUUUCUGACCACCCUCUCCUCACAUCAAACCCUCAUGACCUCGUACCUUUCUUGGAGUACAAGCUUUACGCCAACGGAGAAGUUCCUGAUCUCUCCAGUCUAGCUAGUCCAAGAACAUUCGCAACACACGUCCCUUUCGGUUCUCUCAAGGGCUCAAUCGAGGAACCGGGAGUGAAGGUUGUGUACUUGUGUCGGAACCCGUUCGACACGUUCAUCUCCUCGUGGCAUUUCAGCAACAGCAUAAAGUCGGAGUCGGUGAGUCCAGUCUCGUUGGAAGAAGGGUUUGAUCUGUAUUGCAGGGGAGUGAUCGGGUUCGGACCGUUUUGGGAACACAUGCUGGGGUACUGGAGAGAGAGCUUGAAGAGACCAGAGAAAGUCUUGUUCUUAAAGUACGAAGAUCUGAAAGAAGAUAUUGAGACUAACUUGAAGAAGCUUGCAAGUUUCUUGGGGGUUUCUUUCACGGAAGAAGAGGAAGGAAAGGGUGUUGUAAAGGCGGUAGCGGAUCUGUGUAGCUUCGAGAGUCUAAAGAAGUUGGAGGUGAACAAGUCGAACAAAUCGAUCAAAAACUUUGAGAAUAGGUACUUGUUUAGGAAAGGAGAGGUUAGUGACUGGAGAAACUAUUUGUCGCCUGUACAAGUGGAGAGAUUGUCAGCCUUGGUGGAUGAUAAGUUAGGUGGGUACUCUGGUCUCACUUUCAGGUACUGCUAAAUAAAAUAAGAGGCCAAGUGUUCAUGUUUGUUUCAAUAUAUAUCAGUGUGAUUUGCAAUAAUGUUUUCAUUUGUUUGUAUGUGUUAUAUAGUUCAUGUGUGUGUGUAUGUGACUGAAUGUAUUGAUAAAUAUGUAUGAAUAUAUGUCUAUGUAAAAUACACCAAAAAAUAUUUGAUAUGCAUUAAAUUUCAUCUCAUC